AUGAUGGAGGGCAUCAACAUCCCUGAGCUUGUGGAAAGGUUGGGGAGUGAUGAAGACGCUGUCCGUAAAAUGGCCGUCUUUAAACUCCAGGGGAACAUUGGGGAUCCUUCCUUUGCUGAUAUCUUCAUUGCUGAAGGUGGACUGUCCAGAUUGCGCUACCUGACGCUACAUGCAAGUGGGAAUACAUUGGCAUACAGUUUGACAAGCCUUGCGCGACUAUUGGAGGUGGAUAAAGGAUGGGAGUUUGUGAACCAGGAUGUGGUGGAAAGGAUUGUCGAACUUAUUGUUACUCAUCCUCUGGUAAACAUAUUGCGCGGAGCAAUGUCGAUUCUUGUAUCCGUCGUAUCACAUCCUUAUACCGGUGGCCAUUCCCAGUCAGGAACCUUCGGUUUUCGCGCCCUGAAGCCCGCAAUCGCCAUUUACCCGCAAUUCCUGGAGAUGCUUGUGAGCAGACUCUCGUCCGCCGAUCAUGCACUUUGUGCCAAUGCGCUCCAAUUGAUCAAUUGCCUCAUGCGCGACUCGAUAACAAACGAUUCGGAACAUGAAUGGCCCAAAUUCAUUCAGAGAUUACAAGACUUGGGCGCGAUCAGAGCUGUCUACGUUCUCAUGCAGGGGACUGCGCUGCAGGAUCUGGCGCAUCCCCUCAUUGAGUUCCAAUCUCUGACAAAGGUGCUUCUGCGGAAGUGGCGUGACGUUUACCUGGAUCUAGAGAAGCCAGAACACAGAAGGGCAUUGAAAGGGUUUUACGUGGCGAGUAACCCCGAGAAGAAUCAGGAUAAGGCACCGGAUACUGGUGACGAGACGCCGCGCCCCUCCAAGAAACACCACUCGGAGAAAUGGCGGCGACUUGGGUUUGAGUCGGAGAACCCUGUUUCUGAGUUUGAUGGGACCGGAUUUCUAGGAAUGAUGGAUCUCGCUGAUUACGUUCGAAACUAUUCGGACGAGUUCCAAAAGAUGCUCUUGGAGCAAUCAACGAAAUCGGCAGAGCAACGAUGCCCAAUUGCUCGUGCGUCCUUGACAGUAACUUCGAUCUUGUACGACCAUUUCGAAGUUGACAAGUCGGACAUGGAAGAUGCCAAGAGCUAUCUUAUCAUGGACUCUCAGUCCAACCUAGACCGAGUAUUCAGACCUCUAUUGCUGCACUGGACCCGAUUGCAUGUUGCGGGACUUCAUGCAUUCUUCCGGCUGUGGAAAGCUACAGGCUCCGAGGUGGAGGAUUUUGAUAAAAUUGCCGAGCUUGUUCGCAUUCUCAUUGAGUCAGUUGUGGGAGGAGCGCCACGAACAAAGGAUGUACAGGACGUAGAGGGAGAGCUGGCCGAAUUCGAUUAUCGGCGGCUUCGUGAACUCCAGAUGGAGAUUCUGGAACUUACAUAUGAAGAUGUGUGGGGUCAGCAUCUCCGUCAGGUGCGUGACGAACUACAUCACGAAGCUCUGCAGUUUGUCAAGGAGCAGAGGAUCCGAUGCCUACUACAGGGCGCUUGGUUCUUCAAUGGAAACCCUCCCAAAUCGGAAACAGGGUCGUCUUUUUCCAAGUCCACGUACAGAUAUGCCCAAUUGUCCCACAACAGAAGAUAUCUUCACUUUGGGGAUUUCGAUACUACAGGUAAUCGACGUCCAGACCUGGACGCCUUGCCGGACAAAAUUGAUCUCUCUACCGUUUCGUCUGUCGUUUCGAACGUCUCGGCAGCACCAGACGAUGCUCCUUCAACUGUGAAGACAACACCUCGCCAACCUGUUUCCUCUACCAAGAUUACCAUUCAUGGCUAUGUCCCGUCUGGGACAGCCGCGGGUGCUCAGAAGAGCCAUAAUCGCGCUCGCUCGACCAGUAGGGCAACACAGAAGGAGGUGGUACUGUUGACUCUCCGGCCACAGUCCAUCAGCACUGCAUCUGAAUGGCUCGACGGCUUACUUAUGCUCCUGAAUCAGCAGCCCAUCACGGCAGAAACUAACAAAUUGAUUGACCUUGUCAGCAAUUACGGGCUAAAGAUUCGUUUGCUGAAUAUUCGGUUUGACGAUGCUGUCUUUGUCGGGGAAGCUCCCCAGGUCCCCUCUCGGGAGGGUCUUGACGACGAUUAUUAUUACGAUGUGUUUGGGGGUGCUUGA